AUGUCGCGAAUAACUCGUUACGCGAUCGUCGCACUGCUAGCCUUAUCCGUUUCGGUGUUCCCGAUGGACAUACACGAUGCUCAUAAGUAUAUCCUUUUAAUUGCCGACGUUCAUAGCUAUUACGGAACGACCUGCAUCAUAAUCGUACGUUCGGACAGCUAUACCGAUCCCAAUCAAACGGCCCUGACUUAUAUAUGGUCCCGGGCUUUCUCUCAACGAGGCAUCUUCACCAUGAUCGUAAGCUUUUCCGAACUGUCACGAGAGGCAAGGAAAUUCCAAGGUUACAUCACGCGUCCAUUGUACGUCGUUAUUCUCGCUACAAAGGAGACCGUGGACGAGUUUUCGAUGGCCACCGGACAGAUCGAUAUCUCUUUCCCCGUGUGGCUGGUGAUGUUUCUGCCGUAUCGAGGCAAUUUAACGAGAAACCUUUGCGAGAAUCCUCUUGGCAAUCCCUUUAAUCUAAUGUUCGACACGGAGAUGCUGGUGCUCUGCUACGACCAGCCGAUUUUGAGAGAAUGGUACUCGUUGCGCGAUAACAGAACCAGAUUCUACGAUCUGGCCAGCUGGGAGUCCGGUCAAGGAUUGAACCUGAGGUCGAGAGAUUGCUUGUACGUAAGGAGGAACAACAUGUUUGGAGAAACGAUGCGCGUGUCGUUUAUUGAGGAUUCACCGUUCGUCGAGAUGAAGAACGGCGUGCUAUCGCAUUUCUUCGGCGAAGUGAUCAUCGAGCUGAGCAAAUCGAUCAACUUCAGGAUCGAAUUGACGAGCUCCAUAUCGGCGUACGGUAGUUGGAACAAGGAGGAGAAGGUCUGGACAGGUCUGAUAGGUGAAGUGGUGUCGAAGAGGGCAGACUUUGGUGUCGCAGAGUUCAGCAUGACUAAUCACAGACUGGACGUGGUCGACUUUACCUUGCCAUUAAUUAUUUCGCCUAAUAAGAUAUACUUUAAGAAACCCGAUGGUUCAUCUGUACAGUGGUCUGCAUAUUUUAAGACGUUCCGCACAGACAUUUGGGUCGUGAUAAUAUGUCUCAUCGUGUCGACUCCGAUUUUUCUUACCGUCAUGAAGACGAAAGGACGUAUCGUAAUGAGAAUCCUGUCGGACCAUUAUAUAAGCGUUUGGGGGAUUUACUGUCAGCAGGGUCUAUCAGAAUUUCCGAGCCAGUCGUCGAUGAGAUUAGCUUUCCUAUCGAUUUUCCUGUCCGCGUUGAUCAUUCUGUCGGCUUACUCCGCUUCGUUGAUCAGUUUCCUCACGGUUUCCACGGUUACCUUACCUUUCACCACCAUGGAAGAAUUCGCCAACUACGGCUCGUACAAAUUAAUAGUGUUCAAAAACAGCGCAGACUACGACAUGAUAAUCUCAGCGAACACUAGCCUAUUCUCGAAGGUGAAGAAACUCUUGAAGAGGAAGGAGGACCUGCCUUUAACGAUUCACGAUGGUUUUGCCCAGGUGUGCACCGAGAAGGUAGGAUUCUACUUAACCGAAGCAAUAAAGGACGGUAUCAGCGGCUUACCGUGCGAAACUGCGCAUAUCGAGGCGGACAAAAUCGACAGUUUGGCACUAGUUUUGAAUAAGGACAGCCCAUACACGGGACUGGUGAAUUAUCAUUUACAGCGAUUCAAAGACAACGGAAUGCUGGUCAGAUUAAGGAACACGUUUCUCGUAACCAAAGACUCUCGCGACAAAGGGUACACUAGUGUUACUUUGCGUGGAAUCGCGCCUAUUUUAGCCGUCCUGGCCGGUGGAGUGCUUUUCAGCUGUUUCUUGCUGAUGCUCGAGAAAGUGUACCAUAACCUAUGGAGCAGCGAGCGCAAAGAGACUUUCCGGUUCGACUUCUCGCGAAAAUCAUCCGACCGUGAUAACAAUCGCGAGAGGCGAGCUGGAAAUUUCGUGAAAGAUACGCUUCCGUUCAAGGAAAAUUACCGAUCGAAAAUAAUAUUCAACGAAAGUUUGUACAAUCAAAAAUUCGGGAGUCGCAUUUGA